CUUCGGAAUACUACCACUUAAUUAAGCUAAGUAGUUUUGAUUGGUGUUAUCCGGCAGCAGCCGUGGGCGGCUUGAUAGGCCUCGGAUCUGUUACAUUGGGCGUCUAACUUUAGAGUUAUUAGAGCACAGCCAUGUCUAGGAUGAAUCCUACGAUAUGGCUGGGAAUACCCUUUGUGUGCCCUGAAUUCCCUGUGGUUGGGGCUGAACUACUACUCUAUUACUCAUUCUGCGAAUGCGAAUUUCGGCUGACGCGACCGAACUUGAAUUGGGGGUUGUCGGGGCCAUAAGCGGGCGCCACCGGUGUUUUAUCUCCGAAUUGAGCUUUUCUGUUGCCUAGACGUUGCAGCAGGGUCGCAGUUCUAAGACUUGACGAGGUUGUUUCGGAUAGAAGAAGGGUCUCUCGCGGCAUCUGAUCUUCACUACUGGUAGUGGCGUUCUCUCAAGAGGCUUUUGUGACAUGAACCCUUCUAACAGUUAGACCUGGAGCACAUCGACAUAUUAAUAGAUCCCAUCAUCCUACUCUGUUAGAUGCGCGCAUUGUGUUCGCCCCUUCACAAUGUCCAUCUUCUUCUCAAAGGGGCAUCCAGCAUCGCUCGUUACUUUCACGAUGAGAUCUAUUGCUUCGUGCGAUUUCGAUACUUGCCCAGUCGCCGCAUCUCCGUACGGUUACCCACCAAGCCCAGCGGCAGAAGCGAUCUUCUUGACCAUUCACAUUGGGGCCCUGCUUGCCUGUCAGCUCUACACCUUUUAUAUAGCCGAUAGGAAUCGAUGGCUAGAGUUUAGCGUGCCAAUUUCGAUUGCUUGUCUUCUCGAAAGCAUCGGCUAUGCUAUUCGGAUCGGAAGCUCGGUUGAUCCAUGGAAUGUGGUCUUAUAUGCAACAUCGACAGCGUUUAUAAUAGUUGCGCCAGCCUUUAUUGCUACAGGCAUCUACUUCAUCACCCCAGAAGUAAUUAAAAUCCUUGGCAAGGAACAUUCCCCGAUAAACAUCGCGCACUACCCUCUCCUAAUCUGGGUCGACAUAGUUGGAUUCGCCCUUCAGCUUAUCGGAAUCAUCGUUUCCUUCUCAGAUAUUUCCACCAGCACGGGCCUUGGCCAUAAUGCUCAUUAUGGCACUCCCAUUAUUGCCACUGGCAUCAUUCUGCAAGCCGUCUCUUUGAUUACUUUCCUUUCUCUUUUCACUAUCGUGCUAUUUCAAGCCUCCUUAACCAAUAGCCAUUACGGAUAUACAACAUUUCACCCAAGCCAUGGCUUCGUACCUAUUGCACAGAGAUUUAAAUUCUUUGUGGCAAUGUUAUUGGUCUCAACCAUGUGUUUAUUCGGAAGAGGGGUAUAUCAGGUGAUAAUAUUGAGCGAAGGGCUUGAAAGCUGGACAGCGAAGAACCAGGCACUCUUCGCGGGGCUUGAUAGUUUCCUCGUUGCGGAGGCUGUGGUAGGCUUGGUAAUUGCACACCCUGUAUUGUUCUUGCGGGAUGGGUUGGAUAAGAGGCUUCUUAGAAGAAAUUCGAACAACCCACUCAUCGAGGAGCGUGGUAUGAGCCGGCUAGUUGUAGGUUCUACUCCGUGCAGUAGUACCACGAACUUUGUACAAGGAUAAUUGAGUUAAUAUAAAAUCUGCCGUAUUUUAGGUGAA